AUGAAAAUCGUGAAAACAACAACAAAGCCAUUCACAUUUAUUAAAACGUCAAAUAAAAACCAACACAAAACUUAAAACUAAAAUAGAUUUCCUCUAUUUAAUAUCACAAGUUUCUUCGAAAUCCUUUUGGCUAAGACCACAGUCAGAAAUAAAGGAGACCAUAUACAAAUAAAAAAAACAAUACAGGAAUAGUAUUUUAAGUUGAAAAAUCAGCUGCAAGAUUGAGAAAUCUACUUUGUAAAGUUUUUUACUACAAAAACAACAACAACAAAAUAGUGGCAGUGAGCUAAGCAAUAAAAAAACAAAGCAGACUUCGACGUCGUCGUGUGUGUCUUGCUCAAAGCAGUUGUUAAAAUUUACAGUUGAUCUCUUGAGAAAAACAACAAACAAAGGGAGGAGCAAGUCUACAUCAAUAUUCCAAAAAUGUCUGUAACAGAUUUCAUAAAAGGACUUCCUUGUCAUAAUGCUGAAAAUUUUUCACAAUUCAAUACGGAGCAUGCAAUGAGAGCUUCACAAAAAAGACCUUCCGUUUAUCUGCCCACAGAAGACUAUCCCUCGGAACAGCACAUAGUACUGGACAAACGUUCCGUGCUGUUGCGCUACUUAACACAACAAUGGGACAAAAAAAUCCUACCCAAAAAACGAGAUCACGCCAACGAGGGUAGUGCGAACAAUAGUGGUCCUGGCAACAAUUGUAAAAAGCGUCCCCGUCUAGAGGCUGAAUAAAGACAAGACUACAAAGGAAAGAAGGAAAGCGAAAUAGGCACUAGCUGGCUGGAAUGGAAUAAUCAGAAAAGAUGAAUGUGGAAAAAGAGCUUGAAAUUUAUAGUUCAUACACAACAUACCAUACCCCCACCCCAAUCCAAAACAACAACCAAUCUCCCUUAAUAUGCAUACAACAACUACACACACAAUUAAAAAGAUUUGUUUCUUUAGAAUAUUGUAUGUUUCCUUAUAUUGCAAAAGUAACAUGAAGAUUGAUCUUGAAGUUUGUUCUUUUUUUUGAUUAUUUUGUAAUUUCUUUGUUUUUUCUCUCUCAGCAUGAAUUAAUCAUAAAUUUAACGUACAAUAGAAUAUAGAAUUUGAAUGAUUUCGAAUUACUUUUUUUUAAUAUUUAUAUUUUUAAAUAAAAAAAACCGUUCUAAAACCUCGAAAUCUGUAAA